UAAACCAGCAUCAUCACAUGGGUGAUACUAAGUAUCACCUUCCUUAGCUCUCAUUUCAUUUUCAUCUCUCUCUCCAAAAAUGAUUCACAAAGCAUUGUUCAUCACCCUUCUGCUUUUCUCAUAUGUUCUUUCAUCUUCGGCUGUACCAAUCACUAGAAGUCUUUCUCCAACGAGUGAAAAAUCCUCAAUCCAAACUUCACUAGAAGAGGGUACUCCAGAAUCAAGAAAUAGUGAAUCAGAGAUGUUUGAUUUGGCACAAGAGUUCAUGACAGUUGAAGGAAGAAUGGAUUUGGAAAGCAAUGACUACCCUGGAACAGGAGCAAACAGAAACCAUGACCCAAAGACACCAGGAAGAGGUUAAUUAAUUAUUAACGCUACCUGAUAAAAAAUUGUACAGCUAUUAAAUAAAAGUAAAAUACUUGGUAUGGUAAUUUUGUAUACUAUUUUCUGUUGAAUUAGAAUAUUCCUAUUUCUUCUCCAAUUAAAUGUUUUGUACUCGGAUAUAUGUGCUUGUCUGUAGUGGUGGAGUUGCUAAGAAUUUUGAGAUAAGCUACUUUUCUUAUGUUAAAUAAGUUGUCGCGGUUAAGCUUUAUUUUA